UCUGCCGAACGAGAUUGUUCGUGUCACCUUUUAAUGCUUCCCACAUUUGUGCCUCUGAAGAUAGCCAGUACUUUUGCUAUAAUCGGUUACGAAGUUGAUUAUAUGAGCGUUAUUCAUCCGUUCAACAUAUUAAUCUUUCAAAAUGAGCGCGCAGCAGAUGAUGAAAGUAUUCGUCACCAGACGCAUUCCUCAAGAGGGCAUGAAAAUACUUCAAAAAGCCGGCGGCAUGUGUAAUUUGUCAUUGUGGGACUCUGAUGAACCUGUGCCCCGGGCAGAGCUGCUGAAAGGUGUGGCAGGUGCUCAUGGGCUUCUCUGUUUACUCUCAGACAAAAUCGAUACCGAGGUCCUGGAUGCGGCUGGACCCAACUUGAAAGUGAUCAGCACUCUCUCUGUUGGAUUUGACCACCUUGCCAUAGACGAAAUAAAGAAAAGAGGAAUAAGAGUAGGUUACACUCCUGAGGUUUUGACAGAUGCUACUGCUGAGCUGACCGUAGCUUUGCUCUUGGCUACAGCUCGACGUCUUCCAGAAGGUGUAGAGGAAGUCAAAAAUGGUGGAUGGAGCACAUGGAAGCCUUUGUGGUUGUGUGGCUAUGGGCUGUCUGACAGCACUGUCGGGGUGAUUGGAUUAGGACGUAUAGGUCUGGCGAUUGCAAGACGACUGAAGCCCUUUGGAGUGAAGAGAUUGCUGUACACAGGCAGACAACCUAAACCCCAGGCCCAAGAGGUUGAGGGGGAAUACGUGCCAUUGGACUCACUGUUAAGUGAGAGUGAUUUUGUGAUUGUGUCCUGCUCUUUGACACCUAAAACUCAGGGACUUUGUGACCAAACUUUCUUCAGCAAGAUGAAGAAAACUGCAGUCUUUAUCAACACCAGCAGAGGGGCUGUUGUGAAUCAAGAGGACUUAUUUAAGGCCCUCAGUAGUGGAGAGAUCGCAGCAGCAGGACUUGAUGUCACAAGCCCUGAACCCCUACCCACUGAUCACCCACUGCUGACCCUUAAAAACUGUGUGGUUCUCCCUCAUAUCGGCAGUGCCACCUACUCCACACGUGGUGUCAUGGCAGAACUGUCUGCAAAUAAUUUGCUUGCAGGCCUGACAGGCACCGAAAUGCCCAGUGAGCUGAAGUUGUAGCAUCCUGAAUUAAGUUAAAAUGUCAGAUAGUUGAAUAUAGAUUGCAGAACUGUAAAAGCCAACUUUUCACUAAAUAAUAACCUCCAGCAAAACUGCAACAGUAUAACAUGAUCUUAUGUUGUAACAAAUGCUGCACCAUACACUCCAAUUUGUUUCUGUUUAUACACAGAAAUGGCAACAUAUGUUUGUGUAACAACAGAUUUAUUUAAGGAUGGUAUUUCGGCAUCUCAUGGACGUAGUUCAGCCACAUUUUCCAAACAUGUAACUUGGAUACAAUGUGAAUGUCAUUAAAUGUACUUGAUAUAAAAUG